AUGGCCAUCGCAGAGAUCGCACAAGACUGUUUGGCAGCGUUCAAUCAGCUCAAAGCACAAGGGGGCACUCCAUGCACUGUCGACGAGGUCGAGGACAUCUUCGGGCGCUUCCGCUUAUGGGUGAGCAAUGUUUCUGCUCAUAGCUCCGGGACCAGGUCGCUUCUAUAUCGACUUCGGGAUAAUACUCGUCUCAGCAAUUCAGUGGAGAAUUACCUGCAAGAUCUUGGCACCCUUUUGCAGUCAGCCAUCCUCGAGAACAGCUUAGGAUCGACUAUGGAUGCAACAGAGACCUCGAUUGGGUUUCAAGAAAGUGACGACGACGACGACGACGCUGAACUGUUCAGCGAGGACGUUACCAGCCACACUGCAGAUGGCGCUUCUGCACUGGACGAGAUCAGCGAGAUCAUUGAGUGCUUAAUGCGAGUGUCCUUGGCUCUGCACAACCCUGCCAGCCAUGACAAAAUAAGAUACGCCAACGACACGAAGGCUCAUCAUUUCCAGCAACACGACAUCGAGCACGUUCGCGCUAAGUUCCCUCAUGCUGCAUCAUACCUCGUCGACCGACUAGGCAAAGCGAUUUCGCGGCAUCGACAUUUUCUGAAGUACCGCGAGCUCCAUCAUCAGAAGCUGGCAAUCGACCUACAGCUCGGUGUGACGGAGAUCGAUGAAGCUCCGAGCACUAUAGCCACCUCUCUGCCUGGCGUCCAGAUGAUGCAGCGCGGUCUACGGCAGCUGGAUGUUGAGGACGAGUCAGUCUACAGUGUCACGUCGUACGCUACAACACAAUCCGGCGACAGAACUCUGCGCCCACCCCCUCUGCCACGUGCUGGUCUCGACGGCGGCCCUUUCGAAUGUCCUCUCUGCUACGCUGUCGUCGCCAUGCCGAACGAGCGCGCCUGGAAGCAGCACGUUUUUGAGGACAUUCCACCAUAUGUCUGUACCGCGGAAGACUGCAAGACUGCAGUGCGCCAAUACAGCCGCAGGCGGGAGUGGCAAAGUCAUCUCAAGUCACACAGGAGUCAAUGGUCGUGUCCACUGGGUUGUAGCGGACGUGCAUGUUCGAUGCUAGAACUCGAACGGCACCUGAAAUCAUGCCACAAGCAAGAAAUUCCUCCGCAUGAGCUCUUCGCUCUGGUGAAGGUCAGCGAGAGUACAGAGUCCGCGAAUCAGAAUUUGCAAUGUCCGCUGUGCUUGAUGCUGAAACAGACUGCCAAACUGUUGCAAAAGCAUAUCGGCCGCCAUUUAGAGCAGCUUGCACUAUUUGCAUUGCCACAAUCCUUGCUGAGCGAAGACGAUGGCAGUGACGCGGAUACAGAUACUGCUGGUGGUGAUCAGUCGGCACCUGGCGAGCCUGUUGAGUCUAUGCCGUAUCGCGCGACUCGCGUUGAGUCUAUUAACGAGACAGAAUUGAAAUUGACAGAGGAGGCGCCUGAACCCGCGCUACAGGAACAGGUCAUGACAAUGACAGUGGAAGGCCAUGAUAUUCAAACAGAGUCAUUAGCCAACAAAGCCGCUAAUCCGAUGCAGCAUUUUCACGCUUCGGUAUUGCAGAGGCUAGAACAGAGGCACAGCCAACUUGCUCAGGGGAGUUGGCAGGCGUCCUUCUCGACGCGAAAACGUCACAAAGAGAUUAUGCAACUGACCGGUGUGUUGCGUGAGAUCAAUACCGAUCUCGCAAGAUGUGUUGCUAUUGCUGAGGAAUGGGAGAGAAGGGUUUUACGUGACAGCAGGGAUGAGACAGAGUACAUGGAUCGAAUUGCGGCCAAAUUACAGGAGAUCCAAGCUCGCAGGCAGCAGCAGAUGCAGAUGCAGGCACAGCCGCAGCCCCAUAAGCAGGAAGACGCUACCGUACCACUCGUUGAGCCUGUCAGGAGUACCCAGACGCAAUGGCAGUACGACCCAGACGACGUUGCGGUCAGAAAGCACAACUCUGAGCCAGUCAAGAGCGUUCCGAAGGAUGGCAGGCAACCCGUUGCACCGAGAGUGGUUCCAGACACACAGAACCCAUUAUCAGCAGUCUUUGGAGAUCGACCAGAGACCCCUCGCAUCUACUGCAACAUGUGCAUGGCAGCCCCCGAAGGCUUCCUCAACGAGCAGGAACUUCGUCAGCACUGGGACAUCCACCACGCCAUUCGCGCAGGCGAUCAGAUAUCUUCUGAGUCGUUACAAGCCCUGGGUCAAGAUGCGGAAGAACAUGCGUCUCGGACCCCGCGCAACCUGUCAGAUCCGGUUUCGCAGGCGCGGCCUACAUCUGCUGCUAAGAAAGGGAAAUCAAGCUAUUGGACUGUUGCCGAGCAGACCGACUUUGUGAAAUGGGUCGCGGAAUUUGGCACGGACUUUGAUACGAUAGGAGAACUGAUGGACAAUAAGACUGCCACCAUGGUCAGGAACCACUAUCACAGACAAGUGAAUGGCGGAAGAACAGAUAUUGCAGACAGCGCCGCCCGAGCUGAUGAGAGGCGAGCACUGGGUAGUGAUCGUCGAGAGCUACUUGCAAGGCAACCCGAGAACACUGCCACCACCACCACGUUGAAUGACAACGACACUUCAGAUGUGCGAACGGCACAUUCAUCACAUCUAGCUGAGUGCUGGGCAGGUCAGCCAGAAUACGAUGGCAGCCAUAAGGAGCCACCAAGUGAAGUGGGUCGUCUAUGGCCUGGUUUGCACUCGCAACGUCCUCAGGAAGCGGCGCAAUUUAAGGCUGCAUAUGCUCAAGCCCUUGACGCACCCCGACGCACUCAUGACGGCUCUCCAUUUGAACAUGCAUUCGGUCAAGACGUCGACGCUUACAGAGGACACACACUGGGGCGCACGCAUCCAUUUAUUGUGCAGUCCCGACAGCAGAUGGCAGAUCACUCGACUGCCCAUCUUGCGCAAUCCAAUAUCGAUGAAGGAAGAGAUAUGAAGCAAGAUGCGGCUUUUGAGUCUGUACGGCAGCAGGGGCCAAUGAGCUACUUACCCCAAGUCUACGUGCAGUCGGAUGAUGACAACAGGAACAUACGCAAGCGGUUAGAGAUACAGAAGAUGCAAAGAGAGCAGAUGCUCGGACAAUUAAGACUGCAGAAGCAAAUCGAGAACGCAUCCGGACGGGAGAAGUCGCUAUAUUCACCGCCUUACAUCACGACGGCGGACGAUCAGCAGCAGUCAUCGGCCGUAGCAUCACGCCGGGUGGCUUAUGUCGAUCCCACUACGAUUGCGGGUCCUUCGCCGUCCGUAAGUCCACCAAGCUUCUUAGAUCACCCAUUCACUACGCCCACAGUUGUUCCUGGAAUCACGAAUCUUCAGCGCCCAUCCGAACGUCAUCUGGAGCAUCCACUGUCCGAUACAUCAGGUGGAAAGGGCUUUCCGCCAGGUGUACAGGGCCGGCCGGACGCAGUCGACCUGGAUACGACAACGACUGACUCCUCGAUGGCUCUUGGUCACUCGGCGGAGGGCUUGAAUCGCGGGCUCAAAGGCGACCAAGCAUUCCAUGGGGAGCAGAACCACAGCAAUACUCUCCACCCGCCAGCAGGAACUCCGCGUGUCCCCCAGCUGGAAGUUGUUGUGCAACAACGGUGCCACAGCUGCAGCCGAAUGGAGUCUACGGCAUGGCGAAAUGGUCCAGACGGUGCGGAAACACUGUGUAAUGCUUGUGGUCUACACUAUGCGGAGCUACAAGAAGCAGGACGAGAUGAGGUGGCAGCGCCAUAG